AUGGGGUGCUGUUCAGGACGAUGUAUGCUGAUCUUCUUCUGCACUCUCCAAUUGAUGACAGCAUUGGAGAGGCAGGCUUUUGACUUCCUUGGGUACCAGUGGGCUCCCAUCAUGGUCAACUUCCUGCACAUAAUUAUGGUUAUCCUCGGCCUCUUUGGCACCAUUCAGUACAGACCACGCUAUGUUGUUCUAUACCUGCUGUGGACAUUACUAUGGGUGGCAUGGAAUGUCUUUGUGAGCUGUCUCUACUUGGACCUGGGAGGCCUUUCCAAGGAGAGCGACCUGCUUUCUCUGGGUGUAUCCUCACACCGUUCAUGGUGGAAAGACAACAGUCCAGGCUGUGAUGACAGGGACCUUCCUGCCACUAGAUGGCAGAGUCUGGAGAGCCCAGAACUAAUCUCUGCUCUGGGAUGCUGGCUGGAAUAUCAAUACAUAGAGGUCCUACACUGCAUCGUACAAAUCCUAAUCUCUUUCUUGGGAUUUGCCUACGCCUGCUAUGUGGUCAGCAUCUUCACAGAGGAGGACAGCUUUAAUUUCAUUGGUGGGGUUAAUUUAACCAAUAAAGCCCGAGGGGACUAUAAGUAA